AUGCCUUUCUCCGAGGACGCACCGCUCGUCAAUGCGACUAUCACAGAAAGCAGCGUCCCCGCAUCGCAACACCAUACAUCUCACAAUGGCGAGAAGCAGACAUUCCACAUUGGCACUCGACAGAGCAUCCUCGCACGUGUCCAGGCCGAUCUUGUCUUACAAGCGCUGAAGCAAGCAUGGCCAUCUUGUCAUUUCGAGGUCCAUGCCAUGAGCACUACAGGCGACAAUAACCAGAAGACUGCCCUACAUAAGUUCAACGAGAAAGCGCUAUGGACGCAGGAGCUGGAAGUCCUUUUACAGAAUGGAGAACUGGAUCUGAUAGUGCAUAGUCUGAAGGAUAUGCCGACACAACUACCCAUAGAUUGCCAACUGGGUGCUGUGACCAAGCGUGGUGACGCUCGAGAUGCUCUAGUCAUCAAGCCCGGCUUAGCAGCGAAAUGCAAGAGUCUCGCCGACCUACCCGAAGGCUCAGUAGUAGGCACAUCAAGUCUACGCCGAAGAGCACAACUGAAACGCCAUUACACCCACCUCAAGUUCGCCGAUAUAAGAGGCAACAUCGGUACACGGCUCGCAAAACUAGAUAACCCGGACUCGGAAUACUCCGCCACCAUCCUCGCGGCCGCAGGAUUACAAAGAGUAGGCAUGACGAAUCGUAUCACAUCUUACCUGACGAAAGAGGAAGGUGGCAUGUUGCAUGCUGUUGGCCAGGGGGCGCUGGGGAUCGAGACGAGGAAGGAUGAUACGCGGACUGCGGAGCUUCUUGGCAGGAUCAAUGACGAAGCCACUAUGCGGCAGAUUUUGGUGGAGAGAAGUCUUAUGAGGACGUUGGAGGGAGGGUGUAGUGUUCCUAUUGGGGUGGAGACGGAGUGGGUUUCGAGGGUUGGUGUUUUGGACUCGAGCGGUGGGAUUGGGACACGGCCGAAGGCGGAUUAUCAUAAAGCUAGUGGUGUGGCGGAGAAUGGAGAGAGCAGUGGGAAUGGAUAUGUGAGUAGAGACGGUGCUGCGGUCGAGGUUGAUGUAUACGCCACGGAUGAACUUAUCAUGCGCGCUUUGGUCGUGAGCUUGGACGGCGACGAAGUGGCUGAGACGGAAGCUAGGAGGCGGAUCUUGUCGAGAGAAGAUGCGGACGAAUUUGGGUGGGAGGUCGCGCAGAUCUUGGUCAAGAAGGGCGCGGAUAGGAUUUUGCAGGCGAUAUCGUUGAACCGGGGAAUAAUUGGAGGUCAGGACGGGGCUUGA